AUGCCGUUGCCUGAUAUGAGCUAUCAUAUGGACGUUUCCCAAGUUUUUCAGAUCUUGAUCAAGUACCACGCCUCCAUCCCCAAAACAUGGCUGGAUAGGAAUACAGACCGCGGGAUCUACGGCGGCUGCCCCGUGAUAAAGUUUGCGCAGCAUGUGCAGCGUGCACUUAGAAUACAACCUACCUUGAGGCGUUUGUCGCCACCAAGGAAAAGUCAAACGACUGACGAAGACCAGCCAUUGAUCGAGGCUAAAGGGUAUGCACAAAUGGUCAUCGAAUAUAUAGGCCCCGGUUUGCAACCACACCGAUGCAUAUCUAGACUUGAGAGGCAGAAAAGAUGGUGGCAGCUAUACAACAUGGUGAAAAGAGGUUUACCCGAAUGGCCGCUGCGGUAUCGAUUCAGCUGGGUAUCAGUACUUGAAAAACAAAUCCUUGGUCUGACUGAUAAGGUUUGCUUGCGAAUCAAUGCAGUUGAAAGCGUUUUGGGCCAUGACUAUGUGGGGUUCUGUGGCGCCUCGGUACCUUCAAGCAAUUUGAACACGAGCCAAUCCAAGGCUCAGGGUAGAAUACCCAAAGCCUACCGGAGGUGCACGCCAGUUGCGACGGAGCCAAACUGUGCUCUCGACCUGCAGCCGCGGCUCGCAAUGGGCCAGUCCAUGAUGGCCAUUGUGCCUUGGAAUACUACGGAAGGAGACAUCCUUUGCCAAUUCAAAGGAACCAACGUGUGCGCCGUAGUAUCGAAAUCUGAGAAGUCUCCGCUUGAGGGCCUACUCAAAGGAAGAGCGCUGAUUCUGGAGGGUUCUGUAGCAAGUUCAGUGUACGAAACAGUCGGCGAUCCCGAUUUUAGAUACCAUCGCUCUGAUCCCGAAAGUGGCCGGGAACCCUCCGAUGAGAUGGUGUUAUGGAUGGAUAUCAGGGCACUGCAGUUCCUCACAGUUUGA